AUGGCAACGAGGGGCGAGCGGUAUAAACAGACGCCGCAGGACCGCCGAGCAGGCGAGUCGGUAUAUGAGCUUCCAUCGCAAGAAAUUGAGGCUUCUAACUGACUGUCCUACUCAACAGGCGCUCAGCGAGUUCGCCGACUAUGUCCAACAGCAGCAAGCCCUGCGAAAACCUCCCAUUUCCGGCAAGGCGACAGCAGCCAAUGGUGCUGCUAACGAUCCUCCCAAGCAAGAGCAUGCUGAGCUCGACAUCCUUGAUACCCUCGAUCUUGCAGACGACAAGCCUAAGGUCCGAAUAAAACACCUUCUUCUUGACAACUCCGAGACAAAAGAUGAGAGCAUAAAGCAGCUCAAGGACAUCCUUGACGCGCGGCUAGAGGAGGGGCAUGGAGAGUGCUUGUUCGAUGUCGGUCUGGAGGACAACGGAGACAGUCAACUGUUGACUGAGCAGGAAUGGGAAGCUGCCCUGGCACGGUUACAUGUCGUUCUUGAGCAGUUCAAAGCGGACUGGAAGAUUCUCAUGACCAAGAAUGUCCCGAACAGCGAGGUGGAUGUGGGCAAUGAGCUCAAGAAGGAACGCGGAUGCGUCGGCAAGCUUAUGAUCAGACGGCGGCCGGAAGAUGUUGACGACACGAUCGAGACACGGAUAGCGGUGGUCGGCAAUGUCGAUGCUGGCAAGAGCACGUUACUGGGAGUCCUCGUUAAGGGCGGAUUGGACGAUGGUCGAGGAAAGGCGCGAGUCAACCUCUUCCGACACAAGCACGAGAUGGAAUCUGGGCGAACGUCGUCCGUGGGCAUGGAAAUCAUGGGCUUUGACACGAAAGGCGAGGUUGUAGUCUCCGGAGUGCCAGGCCGCAAGCUCAGCUGGGAAGAGAUUGGAAAGCGAAGCGCGAAAGUCAUCUCGUUCACUGACUUGGCCGGACACGAGCGCUACCUACGGACUACAGUCUUCGGCCUCCUUUCCAGCGAGCCCAACUACUGCUUGCUGAUGGUUGCGGCCAAUAACGGCCUGAUUGGAAUGUCGAAAGAGCAUCUUGGUAUUGCCCUCGCUCUGAAUGUCCCGGUCAUGGUGGUCAUCACGAAGAUCGACAUCUGCCCUCCUCAGAUCCUCUCGCAGACGCUGACGCAGCUUCAGAAGAUUCUAAAGUCUCCUGGAGCGCGAAAGAUUCCCAUCUUUAUCAAGAAUCGGGAGGAGUGCGUUAACACUGCAACUCAAUUCGUGAGCCAGCGCAUCUGUCCGAUAUUCCAGGUUUCCAACGUCACUGGCGAGUCUCUGGACCUUGUAAGGGAAUUCCUCAAUAUACUGCCCCAUCAUGGCAAGUACGACAUCGAUGCGCCGUUCGAGUUCCACAUCAACGACACCUUCUCUGUUCCAUUCGUAGGUACGGUUGUCUCGGGUGUGGUCAAGUCUGGUGUGGUCCAUGCAGGUGAUACCGUUCUCGUGGGUCCCGACAGCUUAGGACAAUUUGCUACUACAACCGUUCGUUCCAUUGAGCGAAAACGCAUUGGGGUGCCUGCAUGCUCGGCUGGCCAGAGUGCUAGCUUUGCCCUUCGCCGAGUGAAGAGGAAGGAUGUCCGAAAAGGAAUGGUAGUCCUACUUGCGAAGUCAGACGCCAACCCCAACCUCCAAACACCGGAGCCGAAGGUGCACCGCGAGUUUGUUGCUGAGGUCUUGAUCCUGUCUCACGCUACGACCAUUAGGACCAAGUACCAGGCGAUGCUGCAUGUAGGACCUGUCUCCCAGACCUGCGCCAUCAUCGACAUCGACCGAUCGUACAUUCGAACUGGAGACAGAGCGACGGUGGCGUUCCGCUUCGUCCAAAGGCCUGAGUUCCUGGCUGUUGGCGAUCGUAUCCUGUUCCGUGAAGGAAGAACGAAGGGACUUGGUAUAGUGAAGCAAGUCGGUUACGAUCCUUCGAAACCACUGAAUCCAAAUCCUUUGGCGCAGGAGAAGCCUGAGGAGGAUAGCCGGACUGCGGUCGAGGCGAAGGGAUGA